AUGAAAAUGGUCUUUGAAAAUGGGGAUUUUUUAGAAGCUGCUGAAACCAUCAAGAAAUCCCUCAUAGCAAUCGAUGACAUCCCAUUGAAUAUUGCGGUGACCGGAGAAUCGGGCUCCGGUAAGUCCACCUUUAUCAAUGUCAUCCGCGGUCUGGGGGACGAGGACGAAGGAUCUGCUAAGACCGGAGUUGUUGAGACAACAGUGGUGGCCACAGCUUACUCACAUCCCACACAUAGAAGUGUGAAAUAUUGGGACCUUCCAGGUAUAGGGACAGCACGUUUCAAUCCAAAUAAAUAUCUGGAAUUAGUUCAUUUGACUCAGUUUGACUUCUUUCUCAUCAUCACAUCGGAACGCUUUAGAGAUUGUCAUAUUCAAUUGGCUCAGGCCAUCAACAACAUGGGGAAGAAGUUUUACUUUGUCAGAAGUAAAAUUGAUGCCGAUUUAAAUGCUUUCAGAAGACAGAGAAAAAGCAGCUACAACGAGGACCAAAUACUAAGGGAAAUUCGGAACAACUGCAUUAAGGGACUCUUUGAUGGAGGAAUCCUGUGUCCUCGAGUCUUCCUUCUCUCGUGCUUGGAGAUAGAAAAAUAUGACUUCUACCUCAUGCAGAAAACUUUGGAAAAUGAGCUUCCAAGUCAAAAGAGACACGUGUUCCUUCUAUCAUUACCCAACAUCUACUUCCAGGCUCUGGAGAGUAAAAGAGAUGCUUUUAGAAACCAGAUAUGGAAACAAGCCCUCACCUCAGCAGCAAAAGCCUCAAUCCCCAUUCCAGGACUCUCGCUUGAUGGGGAUAUUGACCUCUUGGUGAGCACUAUGAAGGAAUACAAGGAGGCUUUUGGACUGGACCAAAGAUCUCUGAACGGUCUGGCCAAAACCUUUGGUAAAGACAUCCAUGAGUUGAGGUCCGUGAUCCGAUCCAAGCUGGUCUUGAAGGACAUUACAUAUGACCUUGUUGUCAGCUUGUUGAAAAGACGAGAACUGACUGCGGCUGCACUCAUGGUAACAGACUAUGCAGCUGGGACGGUGCCUCUGAUUGGAAGUGUGGUUGCCGGAGCUGUGGCCUUUGGUACGGCGUACUGGUUGCUCUAUAGCUUCCUGAAAGACAUUGCUGAUGAUGCUGCGAGAGUCCUAUCAAGGGCAUUGGAAAAUACUGUGUAA